AUGGGAGUUACCGUGUCGGCCUGUACCGUUGUCAAAAAAGACAUGGUAGAGGACCCCUCACCAGUUUCAUUUUCUCCUUCUUCUUCUCCAGCAAAAAAACGAAAGAGUAAUCCAACAUUCCAAUACCCUCGUUCGCCUUCGAAAAAGGACAGUAUCAAACAAGAAAAAGACAAAUCUGCCUAUGCCGCCUCGGGCUCUUUUGAAUCCAAACGCCCGCCUCCUCUCAUUCUAGAACACAACAACAAUGGAUCCCACCAAGGAGAUUCAAAAAGCACAAGCUCAACAUCUUCAAAAACACAACCAAUUAAUUCUUCCAUCAACAACCACAAUAUCAGCAGUAUGAGAAACUCGCUAGAUUUCUCAGUAAUUUCAACAGCCUCCACCACCUCCGCCAUUGUAGAUAAUAUCCAAAAUGAUGACAUCCCUCCCGUUAUUUCCACUAAGAAUAACAUUAACCAGCUACUAUCAUACACCUCAUCGAAUGCUUCCCUUAAAAGCACAACUUCGAACCAGGCUAAAAGUAGAAACAGGCCGCACUAUCUAAGCAACUUGAGCAGUCCAGUCACUAAAUCUGCCGUUUCACCCUAUGGAACAUUGGGUGGUAAUCUUUCUGUUCCUCCGAAAGCUGAAACAAGGAACAAAAGCGAAAAUGCAAUUAAUGUCCCCACCAAUUCUUUAAAAAUCGAUCAAGUCGCAAGAGGAAAAAGUGAUCAAAAUAUUCCUUCAACUGGCUCGCUCUCUAAGAAAUCUCCAACAAUUAACAAGGCACCUUCUCCCCGAAAAACUAAAGGUUUGUCUCCAAGAGAGAACAAUCUUUCCGACAAAAAACUGCCUCAUUCCUCAACAACCACCAAGCUUUCUAAUUCAGACCCAAUGCAGGAGCUAAAGAAGCAACUAGAGGAUUCUGUUUUCAAAUUUAAUUCCCGUCUCACCAACAAAGACAAGCAGCUUUUACCUCAGCCAAACAACAUUAAGAGAAGACAUUCCCUAUUUGCUGGGACGCCCAACUCGCCGAGUCUUUUGAAUGAAAUCAAACAAAAUGAAAAAUCAGAACCCAGCUCAACACCUCCAAUAUUUCCUUUUAACCCUAAUUUCACUUUUGGAAUGUCACUUCAUGCUCCUGAAAAACAGGAGCGACGGCAUUCUGAAUUUUCAGCCAUGGAUAAACAAAAAUCGUUUGAACCCAUUGCUUCUCCCCAACCUACUUCAAUGCUGCAGGUAAAAACAGCUCCAAGAAGAAGAAUGAGUAUUGCCGGAGCAUCUCCAUCCCAUCAUGUUGAAAUGACCACAACAGCCCAACUAGGAAGAGACAUCCACGGAAGAAAAACUAUUAAUCAAUAUACAAUUAUCAAAAAACUUGGAAAGGGAUCAUUUGGAUCGGUUAAACUGGGAAGAAGCUCAAAAACUGGAGAACUUGUUGCAAUUAAGGUGAUUAACAAAUCCUUAAUUAACAACAUUAAGCGAAAAUAUAAGGCUCCAGGACAGCAGCAAAACAGUCAAAUUAACAAAAUCAAACAUGAAAUUGCCAUUUUGAAAAAGCUUGAUCAUCCAAACAUUGUUCGUUUGUUAGAGGUAAUUGAUGAUCCAAUGAAUGACAAAAUAUGCUUGGUUUUUGAAUACAUUGAUGGGGGAGAGUUAAUGAAACUAAACGAUGACGGAAUUUUAGAGGCAGGCCAAAAACCAUUCUCUGAAGAUGAAGCUCGAUUCUAUUUCCGACAACUGUUAAACGGGUUAGAAUAUUUACAUCACAACAGAGUUGUACAUAGAGAUAUUAAGCCAUCAAAUAUUCUUCUCACAAAAUCACGUGAGGUAAAACUAUCAGAUUUUGGUGUCAGCAAGUUGUUGGAGGAUGAUGAGGAAGACUCGCUCGAUGAUUCACAAGGUACCCCUGCAUUUUUGCCUCCUGAAGCAUGUUAUAAGGGCAAAAUUCAAGGGAAGUUGGCAGAUAUUUGGGCUCUUGGAGUCACGUUAUAUUGUAUGGUGUUUGGAACUCUUCCUUUCAAAUCUGACGAAGCAGGAGCAUCAAAAUUGCUAUACCUGUAUUAUGUCAUCCAACAUGAAGAACCUCACAUUCCGGAAACAGCAAGCAAAGAGCUCAAAGAUAUUAUUACGAGAAUGCUUGACAAAAAUCCAAAAACAAGAAUCACCAUGGACGAGCUACAAGAACAUCCUUGGGUGACAAUGGAUGAACCUUCAAGCCACACAGCUGCAGAAAAUCCAGGCUUAAUGUUAAAAUCUCAAUCCAACACUCUUGGAGAACAAGCUCCAAUGCUGGGAGAUGAAGUUCGAAGUUACAAGCAUCAUACACAGCUUAGAAAGAUGCACUCCACUCGAAGAGUGGUGGUUGAUUCUAAAGAUAUUGACAAUGCUCUUUCAGCGAAGGAAUAUUCUCCAGACAAUCUCAAACGUAACAAUUCAAACAAAAUCAAAAGAGCAGAAUCCAAACAAGGAGAAGAAAAGAUAUCCCUUAUCCGAAGAAGAAGCAGCAGACUGUUUUCUAUCGAGGUCAACUCUCCUGAGAAUGAAGUGGUGCCUGUCAUUGAGAAUUCCGUGAACAUAAAGAGAGAAUAA